AUGUAUGUCAUCAAAAGAAGUUUAGAUGAACUGGCUGUAAGUUGUUUAUGUUAUGACUACACUGAGUUCCCCAGGCUGGUUCAUAGACUUCACAGAGAUAGUAGUGGCAUCUUGGUGAUGGUAAGGACACAAAGAAGUACAUUCAGGCUGAAAACUUCUGCAGCAUCAAAUGAUGUGGUGGUGGACAAUGGAAAAUCUGACAGAAUAACAAUGGUUGAGAAUGCACAGAACCCAUCUUCUCAGCAUGCACACAUUACAGAAUGGUUAGAACUGUCACCUGUUCCUGGUAGGAAGCAUCAGCUGCGUGUACACUGUGCUGAAGUAUUGGGUACGCCAAUAGUUGGAGACUUCAAAUAUAGGUGGCAAGCUCAAAGGAAGUGGAAACAUUUGCUUUGUCAGAUGUCGAAGAAAACUCAAAUGAGAAUAUGUCAUGCAAUAAAAUGUUUCCUUGUGGCAUUGAUUUGGAAAGUGGAAGCAUCUCUGAAAAGCACACCCUCGUCUCCAGAUCUUCACUGCGAGCAAUUGGUUUUACCCAAUGUGUCUCAGGCUUUGCAAGUCGUGCAGAUGUUGUUCGAGUAUGAUUUUUCAGAUAUGGAAAGCAUUGAAUUGGGUGCUUCCUUGCCUUCCUACAUGCAAAAUAGUUGUGAUAUGUUGAGCUCCUGA